AAGCGCGUGCACGAGGGGCGGUGCGUGUGCCCGCGCCUGAUCUCUAAGCGAGAGGGUUAAUAGUUAAGCGCCGACAAGUCGAUUGUAGUCGACUAUUUAACCACAUUUAUCACCCUUUUUAGUUGUUUAACCGUUAAUCCCAGGUCUCUCGGCGUGUUGAGGACGCUGAAGUGUUACCGAACCGGUUCUUUUGUUACAAAGGAAAGACAAGCAGAGGACCAUGAAUCCCUUGUGUAGCAGAUGUAACAAGGUUGUCUAUCCCACGGAAAAAGUAAACUGCCUAGACAAGUAUUGGCACAAAGGAUGUUUCAGCUGCGAGGUCUGCAAAAUGACUCUAAACAUGAAGAACUACAAAGGCUUCGACAAGAAACCCUAUUGCGGCCAGCACUACCCCAAAACGGGCUUCACCAGUGUGGCCGAUACUCCAGAGAACCUUCGGCUCAAGCAGCAGAGCAAGAUGCAAAGCCAGGUGCUCUAUAAAGAGGAAUUUGAGAAGAACAAAGGGAAAGGCUUCAGUGUGGUGGCUGACACACCGGAGUUGCAGAGAAUCAAGAAAACACAGGACCAGAUCAGCAAUAUCAAGUAUCAUGAGGAUUUUGAAAAGACCCGAAUGGGAGGCGAGGCUCCGCCCUCCGAGAGCAACGCUAAUAGAGGCAUAGCCUACCAGUCUACCACCCCAACCAGCCCUCAGAACUACAACUAUGACCCCCAGCCUGCUCGCUCUGCUGCAGCUCCACCACCUCCUAGUGGCGGGGUGAGGAACAGCUCAACAUCAAGUUCAACUCUAAAUAAGCGCUACCGAGCGAUCUACGACUACGCAGCGGCCGACGAGGACGAGAUUUCGUUUGCCGACGGAGACGUGAUCGUGGACGUGCAGCAGAUAGAUGAGGGAUGGAUGUUCGGUCGCGUGGAGCGCACGGGCCAGCAGGGCAUGCUACCCGCCAACUAUGUGGAGGCUAUAUGAGUGAUUGUAGCUGACAGGAGGAGAAAGAUGCAGGAGGAAGGAUGUACAUUGGAACGACCCUGGUGCCAUCUCCAUUUACGUUAUUUUUAUUUUUAAUUUUUUUUGUUCUUCCCUGUUAAUUUCACUAUUGGUUUAACAUGGUCUUAAUUAAAUGUGAGAGAAACUUGAUCAGGCAUCUUUUAGACACAAUGCUAAUACGCUUAGAAGAAGAAAAAUUGCUCCUAUCAGCUGAAUGAGCAUUAUUAUUUGUAUCUUUUUAAAAUUUUAUUUACGUCUCCUUUUCCCAUGUGGGCAGUGUUUGUUGGUUUUGUGCAUUGCUUUGCCCCUGUGCUGAAAAUCAUGGCUCAGAUUGAAUUCUACCUUCAGCUUCAAAGACACUGGCGAAAUGUUGAGAUGAGUUGUCAAGCUGUCUGUAAGGAUUAUUUGUAUUCUAGAACUCGAAGUUAGGUGCUGCAGUGGCUGCUGGGAAAUGUAGUUUCAGUCAGCUGAAUGGUCAGAUGAGUGACCAGCACUCAUUACUCAAUCAUUGUCUUAAUCACAAGCUUGUUAAGUCAAGCGCUGCAUUUGGGUGAGUGAAGCCCUUUGGAGUUCUUUUUAUGCACUUUGAGGGAAAAUUACCAAAAAAUGUAAUGGUUUUAUAUAUAUAUUAAAAAAAGAAAUUAGAAAUGGUACAGUAAUUUCUUAAUUAUGUCAUCAUGAAAGAAGAAGAAACUCCAGGUUUUAUUAGUAUAUAUUGGCAUAAAUGUGACAUAUCAUUCCACUGUUAUUUUGUAAGAAAGCAUUCCAAUUCAUGAAUAUGAAUAUAUUCAAUAAUAAACGUAUGAUUAAACCA